CAACCUCCCACUCCAAGUUGCCUGCAAAGAUGUCUCUCUCCCUGUCGCAGCGCCUGCAAGCCCUGGCAGACUCCUACAAAGAGGUCCUCUCCCAGAUUCAAGAGCUUCGCAAGUUUUCGGCCAGCUCAUAUUCCUCCGGCAAUCCAGAUGAACGACGCCUCGAGCUCGCUACAGAAAUCCAUGAUAGCCUCAAGGAACAAGAGGACAGAUUAGAAAUCCUGAGACAGGAAUUUGAAGACGGCGCUAUUCCGAGUCAUCGACGAGACCUCUCGAAUCGAGAAAGCGAGCGUGAAAGAAACGCGGAUUUGUUAGCGCGACUCUCAGAAGACUUGAAGAGCGCGCGGGCGAGUUUUCGAAAAGCACAACUUCAAGCGAAGAGGACUGCAGAUGCCGAAAAGCGGAAAGAGAGGGAACAAUUAUUUGCAGAUCGGAAACACGAUGGGAAGCAGCAAGCGCGAGGACGACCUACACACGAGAAGUUGACGCAGGAUGAACUAGCUCUUCGCGCCGCAGAAGACGUUACCAUUGCGCUUCGAAGGGUGCAUAAUCAACUCGAAGGAGAGCUCUCAGUCUCGCAGUUUGCUCAACAGACUUUAGAAGAAAGUCAACAGGCGCUGGACAGCUUGACGCACAGCUAUUCGGGGACCACGGAUUUAUUGAAGGCAAGCAGGGGAUUUGUGGGCCAGCUAGUGCGCAGCAACAAGUCGGACACUUGGUUCUUGAAAUCUUCUUUCUAUUUACUUGCUGCCACGAUAUGCUGGCUCUUCUACAGACGGAUCCUCUAUGGGCCGAUGAUGCUGUUUAUUUGGUGGCCAUUGCGGAUUAUGUGGUGGGCUACUUUGACAAGUUUGGGAGCUGUGGGACUGGGCGGCAGAUCCGAUGUUAUGACCUCGCCUGCUGCAAUGCCUUCUCUCACAGUAUCAAUGCCUGGCAUGAAUGCACGAGGAAUGCCUACACACAAAUCCAACAUUUAUUUCAAGAGCAUGGAACUGCCGGCGAAGGGGGCAGGGGGGAGAGGAUCACCACCGGACAUUCCGCAGCAGCAUUCGCCUGAAGAACCUACUGACAGUAUGAUUGAGAAGAUUGGAAAGAUGAUGGAAGAUGAGGGGACAAACGUGGACGACAUUACGGAUGAAGAAAGAAGGGCGCAACAAGAACAGCCCAGAAAUACCAAGAAGAGGAUGAUGGAAGUAGAUAUCCAACAAGCGAGGGACGAGUUAUGAGCUGACGCCAUAAUGAACUUAUUGUUGCUCAGACUCUAUCGGCUAUUCUUGUAUGUGUGCUCUUGUCUCGGACAUGAAAGCGGACCUCCUGACUUGUUCAGCCUUGUGUUAUUACGUUCAACCUGUUUUGCCAAGCCGUCGAACUCGUCCUCAGGAACACAUGCCAGGAAUUCCUCAUGAGAAAUCUACUGAUAGUACUUUCGCGAAAACCCC